UAUGUGUGAUGGACUAGGACUCCUUAGCAGGUUCUCCCUCCCGCCUUGUGAGGUGGGCCAGAUUGUAAUUUUUAUCACGACCAGCUCUUCCAAAUCACGAAGUCCUUCACAGAGUAAGUACAGUAUGCUUGCUCUUCCUCUGACAGGGCUUUUGGGCGCUCAACAGAUCCAGAAAUAAUGCCACCACAGAUCAACUUUUUCUCUGCCCUGGAGACUACGGUGAUGAAGUCAUUUACUCCGUGCCUGUCCCGUAUCAGUUAAAAGUCCAGGAGCUCUAUUGGAGACAAAUAGGUGGCAACCCAGGAGCCUUGCUCUUCUCCGCUCUCUCUCCUGGAUUGGGUCCCAUUGCGUUUUAUGAUACAGGAAGGAAAGGGUUACAGCGCACACGGCAGGAGGGAACUUUUAGAUCGACGGCAACUUCCGGUUCCGGCCAGUGCGCCCGGAAAGAGGGGGUGAGGCGUUGCAAGGUUGAGGUUUGCUGUCAUCUUCAGCCGGCAUCCCUGACAAUGAAGAAAACUCCACGGAAAAACCAAGGUGAACGCUACCGGCUGAAAUUUCGGCGCCUGUGUCGCGCAGCCAAGGUACUGGUUUAUGAGAAUGCAGCUUUGUGUGACGAGAUUGCCAGGCUCGAGGCCAAAUACUUCCGUGUGCGUGAAGAGCGCCGGUUUCUGCUUGCUCGUCUGUUGCAGGCACAAGCUCUAGCAGAGGAUGAUCCACCUGUGCCAGCUGUAGGUCCCGUUUCACAGCCCUCACCAGAAGAACCAGCUGUUCGUAAGCCCCGCAGAGAACGCAAAGGCAAAGAGAACGGCCGGGCACCCAAACGCAGGGUGGCACCAGAGCUGGGUGCCCGCCGGUUGGUCCCACCUCUUGCCUUGGAUCCUUCUGGCCGGCCAGUGUUUCCCAUCACGCUGGGUCCUGUGACGGUGUACAGCUUAGGUGAAAUUGUCUCGGACCGCCCUGGUUUCCACACAGAGAGUGCCAUCUACCCUGUUGGCUAUUGUAGCACCAGGAUCUUUGCCAGUAUUCGCCGACCAGUUCACCGCUGCCUCUACACCUGCCAAAUCAAGGAUGGUGGCCCUGGACCACUCUUUGAGAUUGUCCCUGAGGACGACCCAGGGUGUGUAAUGGCUGGUUCCACCCCUGAUGCCUGUCAUGCUCAACUCCUCAAAGCUGUGGGUGCAGCACAGCUGGAAGCAGCUGGUGCUGAGUUCUUUGGCCUCUCUUACCCUGCCAUCCAGCACCUGAUCCAGAGCUGUCCAGGAGCACGCAAGUGUGCUGGGUACCACUGGCUCCGCUUUGAGGUAUGCCGCUCAUCAGAUGGGCCCCCUCCUGAGGGGUUGCCUUCAGGAAAUCCUGGAACAGACUAUGAGGCUUUCCGAAACCAAGGCUUGGUAGGGCCGGUGGGACUUGAUUUUCCAGCUGCCACCCCUUCACCACCCAGUGGCAAUGGUUAUGCUGAACUUUUUCUGCCAUGUGCUCCUUCAGGAGGGUCUCCUGUUCCACAAAGUCCAGAAAGUGACACAGACUGAAUUUGGUCAGACGCUUGCCACUACAAAGCUUCCCUCUGGAGACUAGGGACCAUCUACCUCCCUCUGUCCCUCCUGAGUGUUCCUGUAGCUCCAGGGUGCACAGCAUGUGGGUGUCUGGCAUGAUCCCUACACUAGAUAGAGCUGAUCCCUAGUUAGGGUGUCCCAUGAUCCCUACACUAUUUAGGGUUGAUGGGAGUUGCAGUCCACAGAUAUGAGUGCAUGUAAACUGCCCACCUUUGCAUGUAGCUGAAGUCACAUUGAUGUCAUAAACUGUAUCAUACCCUGUUCUUUCAAAAUCUGAUGUACUGUUAUCUGUCAUGGAUUCAGUUUAUAUGUAGGUUCAAGUGUGGAUUUUUACUUUCAGAUGGGCUCCUGAAAUUAGGAUUUCCAUGAGUCAUUUGUUAGUUCUGUGUUCUUGUUUUUUGCCUUUGCCAUCUUGCCUUUUGUGAAUAUGCCUCUGUAGGUGAAUGCUAGCAUCAGUUUUUUAGGGUCCCAGAAAAGACAUGUCCUUCCAAAUGUGAUGUUAUCCCCAUGGAGGUGUAAGCCAUUCACAGCCACUCAGUUGUGCCUGUCUUUGCCACCCACUUUACCAUAUGGCUUCAUAUACAUUGAAAUUGUAUCCCCUUGGCCACGAUCAAUGCAUUUGAUUCCACUGAGGCAUUAUUCACAAGGUAAUUUCAGUAUGAGAAUAACUGUUCCUUGUCAUAAAAUGGUUAGUGUGUACUGAAAUGUUACCACUAAAGGAAAUCUGUCAAGCAAAAAAAUUCUUUCAAAAACUAGGAGCAUGUUACGUGUUUUACCACACACAUCCAUGUUUCCACAGUUAUGGCUAGUUUUAGUGUUUUGUGGUCAAGCCAAGAAGACUAAGGCCAAGAGAAAUCUUGUGGGUGUGGAUAAACUUUCUUAGGGUACAAAGUGAUCAUUCACAUGAAAUAGGGACCUGCCACUAAUUGAACUGAGUGUCAAAGAUGUGUCUUCCCUUUCUUUUGUUUUCUGGGCUAUAUUAAGAGAAUUGUAUGUGCAACUUGUUGUGGAAACUUGUUUAUAGUAAAAUUUUGAAAUUAGAUUA